UUUCUGUCUCCCUCGUCCAUCAUGGCUUCUCCUGUAAGGUGGAUUCUCUGGACCACAUGUGUGUGUUUUGCUGCUCGGCAGAAAGCUGCUCUCAGGGUAACCAUGAGGGAAUCCAGUCUGGAAGUGGUUCGCGGCGAUUCGGUUCUCCUGCCCUGUUCCUUUUUCACCUAUUCCGACUUCUCCAGACUUAAUAUAAUCUGGACUUUGGCCCCCUUCUCCAGUCCAGACACCCCCGUACAGGUAAUAGUGUAUGACCAUGGGCAGGUGAUUAAAAACCCCUCCCUCAUUGACCGGGUGGAUUUUACAGGUCUUCCAUUCAGUGCAGACAUCAUGAUAAAUGACACACGAGUCUCUGAUGGGGGGAUUUACCGCUGCAUGGUGAACAACCCACCGGACACAGCAGAUCCAGGCGUGGGAGAGCUGCUGCUCAGCGUGUUGGAGCCACCUUCUCUACCCGUGUGUGAGUGGGAUGGAGCAAUUGACAUGGGAGGAAGUGUGAAGCUGUCCUGUUUGGUGGAACAAGGUGUCCCCACGCCAGAAAUCCGAUGGGAGAAAUUGAACCCUGAGGAAAUUUCCCUUCCUAUCAACAUGGAAGGUGAGCUGUCCGGUUCGGUCCAGAUUGUCAACGUUUCUUCUCAAACGUCUGGCUUGUAUCGCUGCUCAGCCACUAACGUCCUGGGAACAGAAAACUGCUACGUCAACUUGGCCGUUUACAACAGUGAGGCUCCAGACAGUCCCUCAGGCAUUCUGCCAGGGGUGCUGCUAACUCUGGUGAUGAGCUCGGUGCUGCUGGCUCUGCUGGUGCUCAUCCUUUGGCUGCAUCGCACUGGGCAGGAUGGGAGGAGGACGAGGAGGGGCAGGAAAGGAGAGGAAGAGCAGUGUUACAACGAGAUAGGCUACACUCCGUCCUUGAUGAAACGCUCUUUUGUCUGAAGUCUCACCAUCAGGUACUGAAAUGGACCGGUUUGCUUCUGCAACC